CAAUGACAGAUAUUCUUUCCUGUCGAGAAAUGUGAAAAAUCAAGGGCAGUUCCAUUAACGAACGGUUCAUAUAGUCGCCCAGAACACUGCAUGCAGACUGCACCAGAGGCUCGGAGAGGAAUAUGUUCCGCUCUACGGUUUUGCUUCUCAUGCUUGGGUGCGCAUGCACCAUAGCUGUCGACUUCGAAGAUUGUGGUUCUGAAUACGAUGCUUUAAGCAUCAGCAUCGACGGAUGCAGUACACUGCCUUGCAACCUAGUCGCAGGUUCCAGUACAACUGUCACCUCGAGCUUCAAAGCAGAUUUUGAAUCAAACAUUCUGUACCAAGAAGUGUACCUGAGGUUGAAUGGAAUCAACAUUCAAGUGGAAGCAACUCCUGCUCCCUGCACAGCAGGGUCGGAAACAGUUUGCCCUGUGAAGGCGGGAGCCGUCAACCAGUAUUCUGCUGUCGUGAAUUUCUCAAGCGACCUACCCCCGGUUGCAGGAAGUUUGUACUGGAAGCUCAACAACAGCGACGGCAGCAACGUGAUAUGCUACAAGGUGGCGAUUAGGAUCCUGUACAGUUCAAAGUGGCUACAAGUUCCACACCGUAAACCGAUUUCUGAAGAGCAGGAGUCUUAUCGGCACGCACAGACGGAUCGCAGCUAGAGAGAAAGUCUGAGGUCUGCAUCAACACACAACCACAAGAAAUCGUAGUGCCUGAGAAAACUCACAUAGUGUAUUGGUUGACAGCAGUUUGAAAAUAAUUUCCCGUUCUUCCAUUUAAAGAAACUUUCCAUAGUGACACGCAUGUACUGUUGCAGAGAGGACACAAAUGUAUAGUUGAUUCUGAUGUCGGUGAAUAACCCUAUGGACUGUCGGGUUUCUGGACUUCGUCCAUCGUCCAUCGUCCAGUAUUCUUUAAAAAUAACGAUAUCAGCAUGUGGGAAACUGGAGCUGUUUCCGUUCUCAGAUGAUGGGGAGGGAGGCACUGUUGAGUCCGUUAGAAAGAGCUAAGCUCAGACUGUCAAGUGACUGAGGUUAGCUGUUUCUAACGGAAUCAACAGAGUAAAUGUCUUCCACCCCUUCAGCUGAGGACGUAAAUAGAUUCAGUUUCCGGAACGUUGUGUUCUCUAGCUUUUACAACACCGGACAAUGGGCAAAGUCGAAACCCUCAUUAAUUACAAGUCUUUAGCUUCAAUUUUUUACAGAUGUCAAAAAGAGGUUUCAUUCCCUGGCCUUAUCAAAUAUCAGACAUACAUCCCCUCUAUAAAUGAGAUAUCCCUUGAAGAGCAUGAAAGGGUUAAACUUGCAGAUACUGUACUGUGGUUAAACAGAAAAUAGAGUAUAUAAAUUUCCGAAAAAAGGGAAGCUUAUAUUUCAUAUAUUUCGAUCUUUCAAAACUUCUACUUAUGAUGUGUGGGUGUUUUAUGUCAAUUCGAUUAAUUAUAUGGAGAAUUACGUAUAUAAUGUUUUGAUGUAUGUCUAUGCAGUCACAGGCCUUCUUUGGCAGAAUUAAGAGGAAGAACAUUUCCCAUGAAUUCAGAAUCUAAAAUUUUCUUACUCAAUCAGAUAUUUUUGUAUUGCUUUCUUCCGUAAAAUACACUUGAGUUCAGUGAUUCAGUAUUGAGGGGGUGGGUUUCCCCAUGCACCGCGACUUUUUG